AUGGAGUCGAAGGUGAUUGCGUUGCUUACCUCACGGCCGCUGUUGACCGCGGCUGAGGCGGCCCUGGAGCUUGGGGUGACUCAUGGAGCCUUGCAACCGAUCUUUGCCUCCGUCGCCACAUCAAACGAGGGCGUCUACACACUGCUGACCGUCUCGGUCGAGGAGGCAGCAGACGGCAGCGCCACGGCGGUUGUGAUGCGCAAAGCAGAUCGCCUCGAGGAAGACGCCUCCGCGUACGCACUCCUCUCCUUGACCUACCCCUCGAAUGUGUCAGCGUCGUCACUUCCGGUGCAGCUGCAUCCGUGCAGAGAGUCCUCGCUGCGCGCGUAUCCAUUAGUAGCAAGGGGCGAUAUGGAACCCCGCGCGGCCGCGACAGCUCCGCCGGUCGCCGCCGCUGCGCCAGCAGCAACUGAGCCUACAAGAACAGAAGACUGUAAGCCUGCGGCGGCAUGCUUGUCUGCUGCUACACCAGUCGCGCCGACAACGUCCCCACGAGCGCAGGGCGAGCCGCCUCGAAGCACGCGGGCUCCUGUGACGGUUACAGCCCCCAGGAAAGAGGCGGCGGCUCGAGCGCCGUCGCCGAAGGCCAGUAUCUUCGAUAAGAUGAAGGAGGCGGCGGCCACAAAGCGCCCUCGCACGGAGAAGGCGCCAUCAAAGCCGCUGCGCCAACCAGCGAAACCGAAGAAGGUGGCGCAGACGGAGAACACGACGAGCUUGGCCAAGCUGGCGCGUGCGUCGAGGAGGAAGAACGGCGGCACUUCUGCAGCCACGGGCGCCGCCACCGCGCCAUCCUCCGUGCGCUUUCUCGACGACGACGAGGAUGCGACGACUCACUUUAGCCACAGCGAGGGCAGCAGCAGUAGCAGCCAUUCAGAGGCCAUCGCAAAGGAGGAGCCGCCUGUCUUUGACGUGGUCGAGGUGCCUGCCUCAAACGACGAGGUUGUCAUGUGUGACGACGCCCCACCUCUCGCAUUCCGCCCAGCGGCGCCGCGGCCCUCUCCACCGACACCAACUCCUACCAAGAAGGGGCCCGAGACCAAGAAGGCAAACGUAGCCGCAGCGGCGGCAGAGUCAGGUGCAGCACAGUGCAAGCUUAGCACCUUCUUCAACGCCGCUGUCGUGGCGUUCCAGAAGGCGUACGUGCGCGAGAUGCAGACGGAGAUGAAGGUGGAAAACGGCGAGUUUGUCUGCUGUGAUGUACCCCGUUACAAGCACACCUCCACGGGAGAGGUGAUUAAUGAGGACGAGUACCACCAGCGCACCGCGGCGUUGGUCCAAAGCAACUCGCGAGACGCCGCCGCAAGCACCCCGAAUCGGAAGUCCGCCGGCGCCUCCGUCGAGUCACCGCCGUGCCAGACUGCAGCGCAGAAGACGGGUUCGCGAGGCACUGGACAGAAGUCGGUGACGCAAGAGAAAACGGCAGCGGCGCCAGCCAAGACACUUCACUCCUUCUUCAAGACCUCCUAG